AUGGGGGAGGUAGCGGCAACCAAUCAGCUGACGAUCAACGACUGGAUUCCAUGUGGGAAAGAUGUUAGAGCAGAUUCGUCGGUCUAUCUUCCCUCCAUCGUGCGGGGAAUUCUCGAUGGCUGUGCCAGCGGCGAUUGGCACAAGUUGUUGAGGAAAUCCGUCCAUGCGUUGAAGCGCUACAUGGACUUGAAGCACACCGUGCCUGUGAAAGAAAGAGCCUUGAUCAUCAAUGCACUGUAUCGAGUGGUGACGGAGGAAGAUGGCCUAGAUCAAUACCUGCAGAAGAUCUUUGCACAACAGCUCGUCCGCCUUCUCAAAAAGCGAGGCCAAGAAAAGUUAGACAUCGUCCUGGAUUGGCGUCCGCUGUACCGAGUGAUUGACUUCCUGUUCUUCGGCAAGGCCAGGAUCCCUCAGACUCCACUGUGCCCCUACCUUGGAUACUACAUCAUAUGCUUGGCGAGGUCGGCGCGGCACUACUUCAACAAGGAGUCAGUUGGCGAGAUAGUCAAUCACCUCCGGCCUUUCUUCUGUGCGCAGCACACGGCAUCUUGCCUGAAGGGUCAGGUGAUGCUCACCCUUCUCAUGAAGCGAACGGAGGACGUGGACUUUAGGCUCUUAAAGGAGAUCAUGUCAAUAUGGGGUUGGGUGGUCGCAUACGCUGAUUGGGAUCUGCACUGGAUGGUCUUGCUUGCGUCGCUGUGCAGAUAUACCUAUCGAACUCGCUCUAGCGACUGGAAAGUCUUCAUCCCUUCUCUCAUGUCUCAUAUCCUCCAUAUCAUCGAUCUUCCUGUUGGCGUCUCAAGGAUUCACAUCUAUGGAAACAUGGAGAGCUCUUUGUCUUCGCCUGAAGGGAGCCCAUUCUAUUCCUUGGCAAGCUUCGUGCACCUCGACGACAAUCGAACUAAGAUUCUGCAACUUGUGCACAAGUCUGCCAAGUUGAUCAUCUACCUGCAGCAACCAGGAGGAGGGGAGCCGCUUGGUAUGUUGGGCAAGAUAAUCCGAGCGAUUGAGUCCUACCUGCAUCCUUCCAACGGCGGUUACUGGACUCACAGGCUGUCUCAGCUGCUGGCUUCAUUGUGCGAAUAUCUUAUGGAAAGAGUCCGUGCUGAGCGCGAUGUUGCUGACAGCGAGAGCUACAAAUUGAAACCCAGUGACAUCAGCAACAUCGCAAGGUUGAUCCUGCCCGUUGCCCUACAGGGGCUCUACUCGAAGAGCAACACAGCGACCCUGCAGUCCUGUGUGGCACUGAAGUAUCUUGCAAGCCUUGACCCUAACAACACUCUCCCUCCCCUGCUGGAUCGCAUUUCUGAUGCGUUGACAACCUUGACUCAAGUACACCAGACCUCGAGUGCCCUAGAGGCCCUGGCAGCAGUAAUCUUCCCUGUUAUACGUGCAGGGAAUUUCGAGUCGGGAGCCAAACACAUUCCAGAUUUGAUGGAGCUUACACUCUCGGGGAUCGACUCGAAUGAUCUUCCCAAGACUUGGGCCACCCUUCGCUUUUACACUGUGCUGUUGUCUGGUCUGCCUCUCAUAACCAUCACCGAGACAUGUCCUGUUGGAUAUGACCCUGAUCGGCAUGAAGUGGCAAGGGCAGUCACAGAUACAUUUGCAGACUGGGCUUUCAGAUUUCUAGAUCAGACUUUCUCUUUCAUCUCAAACCACAACUCCAUGGCGCCCCCGCAAGGCCAUGAACACACGAAGAAGGCGGACUCAGAGACUCGCACAUCAGAGUAUUUUUUUAACUGCACACUUGAAGUCUUUUUCAUGCAGCUCGGAGAUGAACUCUUCGUUUCUGCUCUGAACAAGGUCGCCAACUUCUGCUUCACAAACCUCCUUUUGUUGCAGCAACAGGCACAACUCGGUGUCGUCAUAUCAGCGAUGACUGCAGUCAAUCCCAGUGUCGUUGCUCAAAAGUUCUUGCCAGUGUGCCUGCGGAUACUUCUGGUUUCGCCUUACGAUGUUGUGCAAGUGGCUGUGAAAUGCUUUACUCUGACUUGUCUCCGACAGAGUGUUCCUCGGACACCGAGAACUCCAGGCUCUGCUCGUUCUUUCACUCGCGCUGCAAGUGCCUCCAAAUCUCCUGGGCUUUCCUGGGCUUCGCCUCCAAUGACGCAUGGGAUGGGAUCUGUGGACGUCGAAAGCCCAAUGCUGAAUGCUGACGGAAAAGGUUUGGAUUUGACUUGCUUCUCAUGUUUGAUCCGCUCUUCUCCCUCACUUCCUUUGUUUUGUCCAGUUGAAGGUGUUGUGUUCAGACUUGCACUGUUGUCUGAGAUGGAGAUCAUCUACUAUCUCAACAUCAUGCGAUAUGUCGUGGAGAAUGCCGGGGAUGCAGUGAUCCCGUACAUCGAUAAGGUCGUUGCUGCCGUGGAUCUUGUUCUCAAGUAUGAGGAGCGGCCGGGAGUGAUUUCACUGCAAGUCUUCAAGGCUGCCAACAAGCUCAUCCGGUCCCUUAUCCACGCCCUCAUCACUUGUCGACCCAAGGAGUAUCGCUCGGUAGACCCGACUCUUUGGAACGACCCCAACUGGAAGAACGUACACUAUGAGCAUUGGGGAAACGUGAUCGACCUGUCUGCAGCGAACGUCAGUUGGAAUGCCCCGUCGCGCGAAGGCCUGCAGUGGGCAGCGGAUCUUGCUGCCAAGUACAUCAACAACUCUGUUCAAGUCCUCCGACGGUAUCAUGCCGACGCGCAAGAAUGGGCGAAUCAUAAGGAGGACAUGGAGGUCGAAGCAGCUCAACCCAAAGGUAAGCUCGGAUGCAUCGAUCACGUGCCAGGAAGUCUGACGGCUCUCCUUCUCUCAGAGUCAGACGAGGGCAGCCCGUCCCCUUGUGUGCUGGACCUCAACUCUGACAACGACAUCGUGAUGAUGGACUCCGAUGCCGCUGCGGACGAGGCUGUUGAGCCAGCGCAGAAGCAGCGCAAGUCACAGAGCAAGGUUGCUUUUGCCAAGUUGAAGGAGCUCGAGAUCCCGGCGCACAUCCUGAGCUCCCAACGGCAGAGCUGUCGGCGGAGCAGUCUCAGGGGAUUCAGCGACAGGGCGAAGAGGAAGGAUGGAUCACGAGGCUCGCCAACGUCCAUUGAGGCACGUUAUGCAGUCCUCCAGAUGCGAUUCGUGCUCGAAGGACUUGUGGCAGCCUUGCCUGCAUGGGACGAGGGGAGAGAGGAUUCUUCGGAAAUGCAGUUGGACGGAGAUCUGGAUGACGACGAGCGUGAGCUCUUGCCUGGGAAUGAGGGGUAUGCCUCUGGCACUUACGACCUCCCAAAGUCAAGGGUUGAUGUUUCAAAUAUCGGCAAGGAUGGGUUGUUGUCUCGUUCGCGUAUCGCAAGCAUCCUUCAUGACCUCAACACGCUCUUCCUCCAGCAGAACUCCGAAGACUCGAAGAUGUUGAAGGCCUUGGCAAAGUGCCUCGACGUCUGCAUGAAUGGAGUUGACAUCUUGCAGAAGCAGACGAGACGUCUAAGGCUCAGAUACUCCAUCAUGAAAGCAAGGAACAGAGAGACUGGGACAGAUGGCAAGGCAAAACUGCUCCCCCGCUACAUGCUCCUCACGAAGAUUCAUCAUCAUUACCUUUCUCGCGUUAUGUUGCGACAUCGCAAACUUCAUGACUCUCUGUUGGUGCAGAACCUCCUCAAACAAGUUAACCUCCUUUCGACAAACGAGCAUUCUGGUGUUAGAGGACGUGGUCAGCUUGCACUUUUGUCUUGCUGCCGGAGGUACAGGAACGCUUGCGCGUACUCCCUUCCUCGUCUCAUCUCUCUCCUCGAGGACAAGAAUGUAGAUGCUGCUGGACACGAGCAGCGCAUCAUCGGAGCGACUAUCCUUCUUCAAACUAAGUACUUCCAAGGUAGAAUCCUACGGGACUGGAGCAUGAUCGAGCAUUUUCUUCUCACCCUGUGUCGAAGUCAUCAUAACGACAAAGAGAGCGUUCUCGAUGCGCUGGACAACCUCUUCGCAACAUUCCUUUCGUACUGGUAUCAGAUCUCUCUUGACAUCCCGGCUUACGUGCACUGGGACGAGUCUCUUAUCAAGUUGGAGCAGUCAACGGUACCGUUUGUUGGCUACUCCCGCAUGCUCGAGGCUCUCGUCGCCCUUCUCAAGACGAACCCUAACGUGCACUGGAGGUUCAAGCUCAUGAUCAUCGAUGCGGUCACUGUCAUGAUCAGAGACGAUGUGCCCACUCCGAUCUCCGUGUGGGAGGCGAUUCUUGACGGCAUGGUAUCCGACAUAUCUCACAUCCGAGAGGCGUGCUUUCCUGCUCUCAGCAGCGCGCUCGAGCUGAUUCAGACUACUCAGCGGAGCAAAGAAGAAUCACUUCUCGGCAAUCGCCUGUUGCCGGACAAGUGCUUCACUCACUGGAACGGCCCGCCUCCCAAAGCUUCUUUCACUGAGUGGAACUCCAACGUUCGGAAGAAGGUCGUCACGAAGGAGUACUCCGAGCAGGUGCGGGCAUGUAUUAUGCAGUACUUCUGCAACGACGAGUACAUCGAGAAGCUCUGCUCCUUCAUGUCUGUAGUCCAGCUGGGGAGAGGAAAGUCGUUCAUCGGGUCUCAUGCACAGAUGUUCAAGGGUCUCUUGAAAGCCUUCGGCUUGCAGGUGAUCACCAAGCUCCGCACGUUCCUCGAGGCACUUCUAGCUGACGCCCAGGCUUACUCCCAUGAGAGCUCUGACGUGUACAUCGGGAAGCAGUGCCUCGCUUCAGAGUUGCUGGGCGGGUUGGUGAGGGGCAUGAAGUAUUGGCCGGAGCAGGACCAAGAGGAGGCGAAGGGUAUGGCUUUCCAGCUCAUUUCCUACGUGCUAGCAACACCCGAGCUGGAGAGCGUGGGGAUAUGGGCAGCUUGCCUGAGGUUCUGCUUGUACGAUCGCCAUCCGAGACGAACUUCAUGGUUGGUCGAGUUCCUGGUGGAGCGAGCUCUUCCAGCCCACAUCGAUCUCUCCUCGCACUCCAUCCUCACGUGCAAACGUAUCAUCCUUGUCAAGCCGAUCUUGAAGGAGCUGGGAUGGCGGGGUGGGCCGAUCCACCGGCAGAUCGCGCACGACCUUGAGCCUUACCUGCACCAUCCUUACGCUCAGAUGCGUGCUUGUGUCGGCUCCAUCCUGUCAGUUCUCUCCAGGGUCACAUGGGAACCUAGGGAGUUCGCCUCCAUGCCUUCUCCAGCUGAUGCUGAGCACCUGUCAUCGGAACAGUCGCACCAUAUGCACCUUCUGUGCUGCUCGAGGCAAGCUGGGAUGUCUGAGCUGCUGGAAGCCCCACCUCACACAGAGUGCAAGCUCAUCGGGUCUGAGACGAUGCUCCGCCUCGUGGACAAGUGCGCACGGGAGUGGUCAACGUUGGCUAAUCGCUGCAAGUACAUGAGCGACGGAAAGAAUUGCUCGGACGAGGCCGAGGAACAAGCCAUGAAGGACUCCCGCGUUCAACUUCGGCAUCUUCGACACACUCUCAUCACGUGGACUUGCUCUGUCUGUCCCGAGUACGAGGCGAUGUACCGCUGUCCAGUCGAGUCCUUCCUUCCCAUUCUCCUCCCCCCCCUCUUGCAAGCUCUGGACGACAAAGAUCCAGAACUGCUUCGGCAAGCGAAGGGAUGCGCCGAGCUCACGGCAAAUACACCGAUCGUCGAUGAGGUCUUGCCGCACGUCCUCUUGGCUGUUCGAUCGGUCUCCAAGUCACAGUCGUGGCAAGUGAGGUCGAGCGUCCUCCCGUUCCUGCAGAUCAUCAUCUUCCGGCACCAAUGCUCCAUCAGGAAGGAGGACAUGAAGAUGGUGCAAGACCUUAUGGUUUCGCUGCUUCAAGACUCUCAAGUAGAAGUGCGCGAGAUGGCCUCCGUUGCGGUCUCGGUUCUGGUCCGCAUUACAGGGGAGGAGCUUGCCAUGGACCUGAAGACUCUCUUCGUCCAGUGGUCGCAGCACGACAUCUCGAGCAUGCAAGGCCGGGCAGGCGAGCCUGUUGACGAUGCGAGGGAAGGGAAAGCUGGGGAAGACAGUAGCGACAAGAAGGCGCUGAAGGCUUCAUUGCAGCUUCGCCACGCUGGGGUGCUCGGCUUGUCUGCUCUGGUUGGAGCAUAUCCAUACGAUGUGCCACAGUGGAUGCCGGAAAUUCUCGUACAGUUGGCACUCCACGUGCUUGACCCCAUGCCAAUCAAGCACACUGUUCGCAACACCUUUGGGGAGUUUUGGAGAACUCAUCAGGAUGCUUGGCCUGUGCUCAAAGGACGAUUCACUGAAGAGCAGCUGACGGCGUUGACCAACUUGCUAGCGUCACCCACCUACUUCUCGUGA